AUGUUUCGUCGACAGGGUUUUCUUCAGGUAUCGCGAAUUUUCGUUUCUUUUAUUCAGAACUGCUAUAUCAUCGUAAUUCUUGUCUGUUUUUAUUAGCUCAGGCGGAUUGCUGCAAGAUGCGAAGGCGAACCUCCGAGAAGAAGUGGAAAAUGUGAGCUACGACUUUUACCCAGGAGUUAAGCUUGUUUAAGAAACACCCAAGUUCUAAAAAAGUAUUUGAUAAUACGAAAUUUAUUAAUAAAUGAGGAAGGAUCGAUCUUAGUUCUGAAGCUAUGGUACUGCUAGUUGCCCUAAUCACCAGUUUCUGGGCAGCUAAUUGGGAUGGAAUUUGACCAUGGGGGAGGUUUGCAAGAGCCAGGAACAGAAGAACCGCUGGGCACUUAUACUUACCAUUUGGACCAGUUCAAGAAAGCGCUUUAUUCCUUAUUUCUGAUUGGCCAACGCCCGUCAUUUUCUUACAUGAAGACCAGCACCUUAUUAUAUCAGUCACUAUAUUGGUAGAGCAUCGGUUGAGUGUCAAUCGAGAGUCCAAGCUUAAGGUAUCGGCCGUUACAUCCACAGUGUCGGUGAUAUGGGGGCUCAUACUUGGUGUAAAAACCUGUGAAACUCAUGAGUGACAUAAAACAAUUACAGUAAAAUCCCAGUAACUCAAACUCUGAAGGGAAACACAAAACCGUUCAGGUUAGUGGGCAAUUUGAGUUAUCCGAGUUUGAGUUAUCUAGGUUCUACUGUAAUACAAAGAAGCGACUGAGAAGUGAACACGAUAGAGCCAAGGAAAAUAAUAGCUAGAAAACAAAGAAAACUUCACAGGUUUUUACACCGAGGGUGACCUGAUAUGUGGGUGAUCUGUUGGUGAUCCGCCAGCAAAGUAAUGACCAACUGUCGACCAGUAGACUGUAGUGGCCAUCUACCAGUCGAGGCUUGUUUCAGACUCAACCGAUACUUGACCGACACUUGACCAAGAUAGUGACCAAUAUGUUGACUGACAGUAGACCAUGAUGUCGGCAGGUACAUCAGUCAGUGCCCCCUAUAAGACACAGGAUCCUCAUACAUUUGUAGCCAUAAAAAUAACAGUUCUGUCCUGUUUUGCUUCACCAGGUCUCAACAGUGUUCAGUUGAUUGGUUAUACUGGAAGUGAUCCUCUCAGAGGCAGCACAGAAUUCCAACCAACAAAAUUCAGCUUAGCUACUACAGUUUAUUAUAAGACAAGAAAUGGUAAAAGAUAUAAAUACAGAGAUUUUUAGCUUUCCUUGUACUCUAUUUCUUUGUUACUUCUAAUCUAAUUCUUGUAACAUUCUUUAAUGAUAAAUGAAUUUAUAUUAAUAAUUAAUGUGUUUAUAAUAAGUCAAUAGGAAAAGAAACUUAAUUUAACAAAUGAAGAAGCCUUCACUGUUCUCUGUUCUGUUAUAAAUCAUGGAGGAAGCAGCUAAUGCACCAAAGAAGUGUAGAGGGAACAUGAAAGUAGUCAAGUGUUUCUCCCUACUCUUUGAGUGCUCUAGUCACUUCCUAAGUUCUUUACAACAGAACAGAGCACAUUCAAGGCCUCUUUACUUGUUUUAUGAUAAAAAAUCUGUUAAAUUCCCCACACAUUAAUUUUUUAUUUUGACAGCUGUAGCUGACGUGUUUUAUACUCUCAUAAAGCAAGCUUUUUCAACCAAUCCGAGUGUGUGCCAUUUCUGAAAUUUAUUGUAAAGUUUGGUAAGGCACAUUGUGUGGAUUUAAUGGUUGAAUCUUAAGACAAACUUCUAUAAUGUGACCAUUCAAAAGAAACUUUGUUGUCGGUGUUUUUGCAUGGUACUACCAGUAAUGAUAAUUCGCCAAAAUUUUCCAUGAAAGUAAACUUAAGAGUUCCUUUUUUUCUCUUGACCCAGAGCAGUGUUUUAUGGCAAUUUCAAGAAAAGGCAAUGUCCCCCUGUAAGGACAUUAUGACUGUAAAGAUUUGGCAGUAGAAAGAAGAUUUUAGCUUUCAAGAUUAUUUAUUGUUUCCGUCCUCACCUUUCAUGUUGGUUUUAUUGGAAAAAAUUAUGGAAAUGGUAUUCUCAUGGAAUAACCUACAAUCUGUGAAUUCAUUAUCAGUUUAUGAAAAAAAACUAAACAAAUUUUGUGAUAUUGCAAAGUUGUUUUUUGGCAACAUUCAUGCCAGUGCCUAUCUGAUUUUCUCAAGUCAAGAAAUUGAGCAUUCACCAUAUUCAGCAAGUGGACACUCAUUUGAUCCAUUUGAGAUUGCAUUAGACUUAAAGUUUGCACUACAAUUAGUAUAGGUAAUAGCAUGAUUUGUACUGAUAUUUGGCAUAAAUACCACGAGUAAUAUUUCAAAAUUGUUAUAUGUAAUUUCACGAGCUGUCAGGCAAGUGAAAUUUGAGACAAUUUUGAAAUAUCACAAGUGGUAUUUAUGCCAAAUAUCACAUACAAAUCCUGCUAUUAUUUGUUUAUACCACUGCCCGCAAAGGAUUUGUAGUUUUCACAUGUAGGUAUUUCAAAUUAAGCUGAAAUACCACUGCUCUAAGCCAAUCAAAUUGCAGAAAUUUCUCCUGUAGUAGUAUAAAUGCCAGAAAAACACACAAAAUGGAAAUGGAAUAUCAAUGAAUAUAAUUAUGACAUUGUACAAAAUUCAGAUUUCUAUAUAUCAAGAGUAAGAACUGUUGCGUACAGAAAACACUGACUUAGGUUUUUCGGACCCUACUUAUGGUCAAAGUUUAGCGUGAGCUUUAGAAGUGAGACAUCUCUAAAGAGAUUCAAAGGAAGUAUAAGGAAAAAGGACUUGGGGGCAGGGGGAGGGGGAUUAAUUCAUGGAGAAACGUGUAAGGGAUGCUACUUAGGCACGAUCCGUGUCAGUAUAAAAGUAGCUGUGAAGUAUUUGUAAAAAGAUUAUUUAGAAACCGUUAUCUUAUAUAGUCGAUCAUUAAUUAAGAUUUGGAUCGAACUGAAUUUUUAGAAGCCAAUAUCUUUUAUUAACUACUUUUAAUAGCAUUUAUGUCAGUGUUAACAAAUUUUGAAAUAAUUAGUUUAGCUAUAGUGAUAAAUAUUAAUAUUGUAUUGUGAUAACUAAUUUUUAGGUAAAAGUGUCCCCGAUUAGUGGGCCUCCUUAAGCAUGAUAGAAGACUUUUGACACUUAAAUAAAGUUUGUAUUGUAUUAUAUUAUUGUAAAUGUUUUUGUUUUUGUUUUAAAGAAACACUUGAAAGCAAGACUGAAUGGCAUAACAUCUCAGUUUUCAAACCUUCACUACAGGAGAAAGUUAAUGGAUAUGUAAGGAAGGGGUAAGCCUGUUUUGUAUUUUUAACCAGGUUAUCCAUACUCAUCAUAAGUAUGGUGUCCUUAACAAGGCAGUGAGGUUUUCUUGCUCAAUCUUUAUUACCAGCUUAUAAAUUAAAUAACUAUGACAUGUGAAUGGAAUGUAACAGGAUUCAUAUGUGAAAUUUCUUUCCAAUGUCUUUGUUCAAUUACAUAUACUGAAUGAAAAUAGCUACUUUUGUAUAAACAUCAGUUAGAAUAUUGCAAAAUUAUUUAUUAUCACGAAGACUUCAUGUAGGUUGACUGUGAAACCCAGGAGCCUUCCAGUAAAAACCUUAUGGAAACUAUCUGGAAAAUGAGAUGUCCUGUCAGCAAGAUUGCAUUAUUUUUGUGUCUAUAACUAUAUAGUACAUAAUUAUAGUUAUGUUUAUGUUACAGGUUACAUUAUUUUGAUUUCAGGUUAAAAUUUUUUAACCUAGGUUGAUUCUCAAUUUUGUUCAUCUUCUGGGGCUAGGAGACAAAGACAAUCAGGAAUCCCCCUAGGUUAAAUCAAAAUUAACAUGAAAUCAAAUUUGACCUGUAACAUAUCUAUGGAAUAGAGGAUGCAUCACUUAAACUCACGGUGGAGGAAUUUUUUAAAAAAUUGCUUCAUUAUUUCCUGCAGAACUCGUCUAUUUGUUCAAGGAUCUAUACAAUACAACAACUAUGUAGAUCAGGAAGGAAUCAAGCGGUAUAACACAAGUAUCGUUCCUAGUAAGAGCUCUAUCAACCCUUUAAAAAGUGUUGAGUGUGUGGGAAUUUUAAUUCUUACGCACAUGAGGUGACGCAUGACUUUUGAGUGAAACAGUGUCUCAUCAAAGGUCAAUUUGAUUCAUACAGUGCAUGUAAGAAUACAAAUCUUGCACACCCUUCCUCUUUGUGUAAAUUUGGGCUGCCUGUGACACUACUCCUUACACAGUCAAACCUCUCUAUAAUGUGCCACCUUGGAGACAGAGGUAAGUGGCCUUUGUUGGAACGUGGCGAUUAUGGGAAGGGGUAGGGAUGUAAUGUGAUACCAAUUUUUAGGGAGAGAGUGGUAGUGAAAUAGGUCAAUGAAACAGAGAGUACAAUAAUGUCCAGAACAAAAAUAUUAUCAAAAGAAAUUGGGUAAAUCCUUUGUUUUUCGUGGCGGUUGUCGGUGGCAGAUUCAGAUCUUCAAGUAACUGAGGGGGCUCACUCUCUCAGACUUUAAGAUAAUAGUGGGGCCAGACCUCGGAAAUAACUUUUCUCAGCCUAUCAAGUUUCUGUUUGUCCUGAAACUAAGGUGGGGCCCAGGGCUCCACCCCCAGAUCUGCCACGUGUUGUGGAGACAUUAUUUGAGCAGUUGGGAUGCACUUGAACGACCCUUUCCAUUGUGACCAGGUGGUCAUUAAAGAGAGGUGAAAAUAAGAUUCAAUGUAUAGACUGCCCGACUGGGAUAUAUAACAAAAGCCAUUUUGGGAAGGUAACGUCCCUUGUUAAGAGGUGGUCAUUAUUAGAGAAUGGACUGUAUGUGACACAACUUGCUGCCCUAUUUUUUUAGAUACACUACCCAAAAACCAAAAACAAACGAACCAUUGAAAAUCCGAAUAAAGUAA